AUGUCUCUUCAAAAUGUUGCCGGCGGAUCUCACAAGCUCAAUUCUGGCCACUAUAUUCCACUGGUCGGCUUUGGAACUUAUAAAGUUACCGGCGAAAGUGUUUACCCUGCUGUUGACGCUGCUCUUUCUGCCGGAUAUCGUCUUUUCGACACUGCCAAGUAUUAUCACAAUGAGAAGGAACUUGGUGUAGCUUUGAAGGAAUUGUUGCCUAAAUAUAACCUGAAACGUGAAGAUAUUUUCGUGACCACCAAGUUUUUUCCGAGCGCCGAAAAAUCUUACGAAACUGCCAAGUCGCUUGUGGAUGAAUCAUUGACAAAUUUGCAGACUAGUUACAUUGAUCUUUACUUGGUCCAUUAUCCAAAACCAAGUGAAACAGAAAAUGAUGACCCCAAGAAUGCUGAGUACCGAAAAGCUAGCUAUCAAGCGCUUGAAGAAGCGAAAGAGGCUGGAAAAGUUCACUCUAUUGGUGUAUCGAACUAUGAAAUUGUUCACUUGGAAGAACUGAAAACCUAUUCAAAGAUUUCACCCGCCGCUAAUCAAUUGGAAUAUCACCCACAUUUUGCAAGAAUUCCACUGAAGAAAUAUUGCAAUGAAAACGGCAUUUUCUUCCAGGCAUUCUCAUCGUUGGCGCGUCAUGAGCCGAAACUCAUUGAGGACCCCGCUGUCGUUGAGCUUUCGAAAAAGCACAAUGUCUCUGUUCCCUUGAUUCUUCUAGCGUGGGCGAGAUGCCAAGGGGUCGGAAUUGUGCCGAAAUCAGUUACCCCGUCUCGAAUCGCCGAGAAUUUUAAGGUUGUUAACGUGAAUCUUUCCGACGAAGAUAUUGCUAGCCUAACGAAGCUUGAUAAAGGCCAACACUACAUCAGAUGCACCGGAUGGCUUGUUAAGUGA